GUCUCCACGCCCCGCCCACCGCGCAGCAGAACCCGCCCUAAAGGACACUGUGCGCUCCGGUAGAGAAACACUUAACACUUCCAAGACAAGGGCUGCUCUGGCAUUUUCUCUGGAGCAUUUCACGAUUCCUUACAUAUGAGAAGAUGCAUUCGGAGAACCUUGAGACAGCGGGCUCGCUGAGGAAACGGACGCUGUCCCGGGGGAUGAGCGAGGACGAGUCUCUGCGACACAUUAUCAGAGACGCGGAAGAAUCGAGCAGACAGCUGUCACGCAGCGAUAGCAGAUAUGGAUCGUUAAAACGAGGACAAAGACAAGAAAGCCAUAGUGAAGCUGAUUUACUUUCUGAAAACAUAGAAACUGAGCUGGGUUCUUCUUCCCCUGUGCAGAUGGAGCUGAGAGCGAGCUACGAGGACUGUCUGCAGGAGGUGCGGAGCCUGGAGCUGCAGCAGGAGGCUCUUCUGUUCCAGGUGGACUGUCUUCAGGACGCCCUCGAGGGCGCCGAGGAGAUGCUCGCUGAGACCCAGAGAGACAAUCACAGUCUCACCAUGGAACUGGAGCGAGAACGAGGGAAGAGGAGGACGUCGGAGGACAAGCUUGCCUCGUUAAAGCGGGAGCUGGAGAGGUUACGAGAGGACAGAAACAGUGAGCAGCUUCAGUGGAGCGAGGGGACGUCAGUGGACUGGGACGAACAGCCGCUCGCUCACAGUGAAGGCUCUGCAGUGGAUCUGAACACAAGCCAGCUCUUACAACUCAAGAAAGUCAGCAACCAAACAUUAAGUCUGUCAGCGUUUCACAGUCAGAAGCACGAAGCUCAGGGUUCAGAUGAUAACGAUGAAAGCAGCGGCUAUGAAGAUGCUCCGUCUGAGUUCUCUCCCAGUCCUUCCACUCCGGACGCAGCUGAUGAAGAGGGUGACGAGACCUAUGACUCAGAGCCUGGGAUCCCUAAAAGUGCAGAUUCUUGUGCUCUCUCUUAGAUCAUUCUUAAAGUGCCGAUGAACCUAGAUUGAUUCAAUUCUCUGCUAGAAAUCUUUAUCCAAGGUUCUUUCUCUUUAACAGCCUUUGCACAAGCUAACAACUUUAAAAUGAAGACUGUUUUGUUUUUACCAUCAGUCCACAAAAUUAUAUAUUAUAGUUAGACUUCUGUUCACCUUGCUAUUAAAGAUGCGCUGUCCAGCAAGUCAAG